AUGACGACUCUCGUCCAACAGCAAUCGGUGCAGUCGUACGACUACCCGUCCGACUCGUACUCGUCGUCCGUCAACGUCGACAAGGUGGUCCAGUCGGUGACCAACGCCACCAAGCGGUUGUCGCAGAUCUCCACCAACACCAACAACUCCAGCAAAAAACGCAAGACCCAGAACAAAAUCGGCCCCUGGAAGCUCGGACGCACGUUGGGCCGUGGCUCCACUGGCAGAGUCCGUCUUGCCAAAAACAUCGUCACUGGCAAGUUGGCUGCGGUCAAAAUCGUGCCCAAGUCCAACUUCAAGAUGUUGGAAAACCCCAAGUACAAGCACCCGCCCACGGCUGCCAACAAGGACAGGUUGCCGUACGGAAUCGAGCGCGAAAUCAUCAUCAUGAAGCUCAUCUCGCACCCCAACAUCAUGGGGCUCUACGAUGUGUGGGAAAACAAAAACGACUUGUACCUCAUCUUGGAGUAUAUCGAAGGAGGCGAGCUUUUCGACUACUUGAUCAAACGUGGUCGCUUGCAGGAGUUUGAGGCCAUCAACUACUUCAAGCAGAUCAUCAACGGGAUCAACUAUCUCCACCAGUUCAACAUUUGUCACCGUGACUUGAAGCCAGAAAACCUUCUCUUGGACUUCAACAAAAACAUAAAAAUCGCCGAUUUCGGUAUGGCUGCCCUCGAGGUGCGAGAGAAGUUAUUGGAGACCUCCUGCGGCUCUCCUCAUUACGCCAGUCCCGAAAUCGUGGCUGGUAGAAACUACCAUGGAGCUCCCUCAGAUAUCUGGUCUUGCGGCAUCAUUUUAUUUGCUUUGUUGACUGGACAUCUACCAUUCGACGAUGAAAACAUCAGAAAGUUAUUAUUGAAAGUCCAAAGUGGUAAAUUUGUCAUGCCCGACGACUUAUCAUGGGAGGCCAAGGAUUUGAUCACCAAGAUGCUUAAAGUCGAACCCAGUGACAGAAUCACCAUAGAUCUAAUUCUCACACACCCGUUGUUAACCAAAUAUCCCGAACCGGCUGCUUCUACGUCAUCUAACUCCAACAGCUUGGACUUUCAAAAUUCUAACGUGAAACCUAUCGAUUCGAUAGACAAAAUCGAUAAGGAGAUCUUGAAGAAUCUUUCUGUCUUGUUCCACAACUGUGAAGAACAGGAGAUCAUAUCAAAGUUGUUGUCACCAAAUAAGUGCCCCGAAAAGAUGUUCUAUUACUUACUCAUGAAGUAUAGAAAUGAGCAUACUGCGUGCAACUCGUUUGAAGAUGAAAAGAAUCAUUAUAAUGAAGAUUUCAAUGAUUCGAGACCUUCGUUGCCCAGAUCUGCUUCCAUUGUGAAAACUACUGUGUAUGAUCAAGCUACUGGAGAGAAGUAUACCACGAUCAAAAAGGUCCCCAAAUCAACAUCAACGUUCUCAAACAGAUCCACAAAGAGAAAUGCAUCUAAUUCGAAAUCCCCAUCGAAUUCAAACUUCAAAGUUUUGUCAAAUAUUACAAAUACAGUUUCUCCCAAUGCAUCUGUGAGGAAUUUCAAAGCAUCGACGUCAUUUAAUAGGAAAAAGACACUCUUGAAUACCCAGGCCAUAUCAAGAAAUAAUUCUGCGUCCACCUUAAAGAAGAAAUACCAGAAUGAAUAUUUCGCAGACUCUUCAAGAUCAUCAAUCAUAUCUAAGGAAAAGGAUGAUACUUCUAAACCACCGAAGCAAUAUCCACCAAAAUUGACCAGAAAAUUAACUGGUUUGUUGGAUUUGAACGAAUUAGAGAAAAUUACUGAUAAGAGCUCCACAAACCCCCAAGAAACUAGAACCCUUCCUUCGAAGAGUUCAAUAAAUGCAGCGGCCAGAAAGAAGAAUAUGACUGGAACUUUUGGUAAUAAGUCCUUGUUAAACUUUGGUUUAAUUAUUGAUGAGAUGUUCAAUGAAGAUGAUGUCAAGACUCCUUCCGGUUCGCUCGAACCAGCAAGGAAUUCAAGCAAGUCUCAUAACCUAGCAAAUAAAGAACGUGAAUUAGCGGCCAAAGUAAAAGCAUUAAAUGAAGCAAGAGAAGACAAAUACAAAGAGCAGGAAUUAAAAAGACAGAAAUUACUUGCACAAGAGCAAGAACAGAAGUUACGUGAACAAAAGGAGUUGGAAGAAGAACGUAAGCGUCAAUCUAUUUUGUUACAAGAAAAGCAAAAGGAAGCAUUGGAGAAAUUAAGGAAACAUCAAAGCAGUAACGAUUUUGCAGAACAUUUUUCAUCCAAGCCUCGGGCAAGUAGAUUUGUCACUGAUCCUGUUCAUUCCUCAUUGGAUCCUAAGCAUACUUUCAAUGUCAAUUCAUUGUUGAGGGCCAAAUCGUUGGCAUCUACAACUAAAUAUGCCCCACAACGUUUUGGUAAUGAUAACACUUCGAAGGUGUUGCAUAACCUUGGUAUUGAAGUGAUUCAAUCUCCUAGAAAGUUGAGUAACAAUUUGAAAACCUCAAGUUCCAAAAACUUAUCUGGCUAUUUGCAAGCGAACUCUACUGCUCAAAGUAGUGUCAGAGACUAUAGUGACCUUGAAGAGGAACCAUUGGAACCACAAUCUGUUUUAGACUAUGAUGAUGAUGAUGAUAAAGAAAAUGAGAUGACUUUGGCAAGCUUUAAUCAAAGAGAACGUGAGAAGUCAAAGGGAUCAAUUCUUGGGACCAACACCUCAACAAAUACUGACCAAAGCAACUCCACGAACAAAAAGCUUGACUCGCCAAUUAUGCCAUAUCGCUCAUUGUUGGGAGAUAUUGAUGAGAAAGAAAGGGUCAAGGAAUUUGAUGAGACCAACAUGACCAACAUGAGCUUCGAAACGAUUCCAAAGAACGAACUUAUUCCAAACCCAAGAUUCUCCAGAUUCUCUUUUGGUGGUCUUCUCUCCAACAAUCAGACUAAUGAAAUUGGUGAUAUUACCAUCAUGAACAAUACCUUGAAUUACUCUAACACUGUUAUCAGAAAACCUAGGAACAGUAUCGUUGCUGAGAAGAAUGCGGCAAAGAGUCUGUUGAAGAAAUCAUCCACGACUAACUUGUUGGGAUUGGGAAUUAGAGAAGAGAAGGAUGAACCAAUAUCAAAGUCGCAAUCUAAGUCAAGCAGAUUUGUUUCUGUUGAGAUACAAGAGUCUGGAGAUGAGUUCAACGCCACAUUACCGGCGGAGGCCAUUAGCAUCCGUGAAACUGAUGUGGAAGAUGAGGGUCAUGGUUUUGACGACGAUAAUGAGUCUGAAGAAACCAUGUUGGAUGACACAGUGAUAACCCAUAGAGAUAAUAAAUCUCUCAAUCCAAAUAUGUUGGAAGAAGACUAUUCAAACUUUGAUCUUAUUAGUUCGAGAACAGCGGAUAUUGGUAAGUUCAAUACCAUGAGACCAAGCAUCGUUGAAUCCAAGGAAACAUUGACCAUUCCUCGUUCAGAGGAAAAUACUUUGCGUUUAUCCUCCCAUAACGAGAGUCUUAAAUCGGCAUACAAUAAUUAUGAAUCAUUGUAUGGGGAAAGAAGAAAGUCUAAAAAUUUGAUUGAGGUGAACAAACCAAACUUAGCCCCAGAUCAACAUUAUUAUCAUCAUUUGAAUACCAAACUGCAUGCUGUGCAAAGGGAACUGGUUAUUUCUGAGAGAGAAAAGCCUCAAGAGUCCAUUACAAUCCGGGAAACCCCUAAAUCACUUUAUGGUCUGAGAAGAAGUAAACGUGAAAAGACAAAAGAUGAACACAAUGUAUCGAAAAACUUCGAAAUCUUGGAUACAUCCUCUUUUGUUGACCAUAAUAAUGAUAGUGGUGAUGAAAGGAAACCUUCAAGAUCUUCCAUGGAGAUUUUCAGUUCAAGGGCAUUGUCUAAGGUUCAUAAGUCUGGAAAUAACGAUCAAGAGACUCCGAACCAGAAUACAGAAGCGAUCAAUGAAAGAAAAGAAGUAAAAGUGGAACAGCCAGUCAUUGAGUCACCAAUUCUUCCUCCUUCGGCUCCUUCGGAGGACAAGACAGCAUCUUUAUUCAGAAAACUUAGUCUCAAGCCUAAGAGAGAUGCACCAAAAGCACCACAACCUGCUAAAAGGUUCUCCAAGCUCUCCGUGGGGGGAAAGUCACCAAAAGUGGAAAUGAAUGAUUCACCCUUUCCAAAGAAGGAAAACUGGUUCAAGAAGUUUAUCAGUGCAUUCACAUCAUCUCCGGGCACUAAGGACAAGUCUAAGUUUGAUAGCGAAGCGGUUACAGGGUCCGCUACCAACAGCAAGAGCAUAAACAUCAUUGAUUCGUCAUUGGCGUCAUCUGAGUUGAUCAGAGUUAUUAAGACUCAAUUAGAAUUGAAGAUGAUUGACGGCUCCAUAUCCAGUGUUGAUAUUGAUGAGGAGUUUGGUCUUAUCACUGGUGUUAUUCCAAGCAAGUUCGCCCACGGCAGAAAGUUGAAGUUCAGAAUUGAAAUCAUCGAUUUGAUCAAUUCGUCCUCGUUGCAUUUGAUCAAGGUUAAGGGUAACGAAAAGGGAUUCAAGAAUUUGAUUAAUAUUGUGACUUUUAUCAUUAAGCAAGAGGAGCAAGCUAGCAAUCAAAGGAGAUCGAGUGGUUACAAAUUCUCGGGAUACAAGAAUUGA